GCGAGCGGCGGCGCGGGGCUCGCUCCUCCCCCGCGCCCUCAGCCAUUUUAGCAGCCGGUACCGCCACCGGUACCGCUGUGAUCUCCACCGGUAGCGCCGCGCCCGGGUGCGAUCUAAUCAACACUGAAAAAUCGUCAGUCAUCAGUGUCAUAUCUUUGUCUACUGUUGGCUCUCAAAGGUUACUAAAAUUUUGCAGCUGCUGUGAAUGAGUACUAACUAAGCUUCACGUCCUGUUGCUUSUCCCUGCAGCACUGUGUGCUGCUGCUUUGCUCUUGCUGCCUCAGAACUCCAUAAGAGAGUUUCCUUUUAAAUACCCACAAUGAAAUCUAGGCUAGAAGUGCGUUCCAUUCUCUUGCUGCCUGUGUACUUGUUUAUCUGGUUGUACAGUAUGCUGGUAUUUAUUCCCUGGUAUUUUCUUACCAAUGCCAAGAAGAAAAAGGCUAUGGCAAAGCGGUUAAAAGCUAAACCCAUCUCGGACAAGCCUGGRAGCCCCUACCGCUCUGUCACUCACCUGGACUCACUAGCAAACAUAAACAUCCCUGGAGCAGACACCUUGGACAAGCUCUUUGACCAUGCUUUAGCAAAGUUUGGGAAGAAGGACUGUCUUGGAACCAGGGAAGUACUGAGUGAAGAAAAYGAAAUGCAACCAAAUGGAAAAGUGUUCAAAAAGUUAAUUUUAGGAGCUUACAGAUGGUUAUCCUAUGAAGAAGUAAAUGAGAAAAUCACUCGCUUGGGGAAUGGACUGACUGCCCUGGGACUAACCCCAAAAAGUACCGUUGUCAUAUUCUGUGAGACCCGAGCUGAGUGGAUGAUUGUAGCUCUAACCUGCUUCAAGUACAACUUCCCUCUUGUCACUCUGUAUGCCACCCUGGGUGAAGAAGCAGUGACUUAUGGUCUCAAUGAGUGUGGAGCAGCGUAUCUGGUCACGAGUGUGGAACUUCUUGAGAGCAAACUUAAGACUGCACUGCCACAAGUCUCCUGUCUGAAACAUAUCAUUUAUGUGGACAAGAAGACUGUCAAUAAAUCAGAAUACCCUGAAAAUGUGGAGAUUCAUAGUAUGCAGACAGUAGAAGAACUGGGAGCCAAACCAGAAAACUCAAGCAUCAUGCCAAGCAGACCUGUUCCUACAGACUUGGCUUUAGUAAUGUACACCAGUGGCUCUACUGGGAGACCMAAAGGAGUGAUGAUGAUGCAUAAAAACUUAAUAGCUGGAAUGACAGGACAGUGUGAGAGAAUACCUGGACUGGGCCCCAAGGACACUUACAUYGGUUAUUUGCCUCUGGCCCAUGUGUUAGAACUGACGGCAGAAAUUUCCUGCAUCACUUACGGCUGCAGGAUCGGCUACUCCUCUCCUCUCACUCUCUCGGACCAGUCAAGUAAAAUUAAGAAGGGAAGCAAAGGAGACUGUACUGUACUUAAGCCUACRCUGAUGGCAGCAGUGCCUGAAAUAAUGGAUAGAAUUUAUAAAAAUGUUAUGAGUAAAGUUCAAGAGAUGAACUAUAUUCAGAGAACUCUGUUCAAGAUAGGCUAUGACUACAAGUUGGAACAGAUCAAGAGGGGAUAUGAUGCUCCUCUGUGUAACAUACUGUUGUUUAAAAAAGUAAAGGCCCUGCUGGGAGGGAAUGUCCGUAUGAUGCUUUCUGGAGGAGCACCACUCUCACCUCAAACACAAAGAUUCAUGAACAUCUGUUUUUGCUGUCCWGUUGGUCAAGGUUAUGGACUGACAGAAACAUGUGGAGCCGGCACAAUUACAGAAGUUGCUGAUUACAGCACUGGCAGAGUUGGAGCUCCUCUUAUUUGCUGUGAAAUAAAACUGAGAGAUUGGCAAGAAGGGGGAUAUACUAAUAAAGACAAGCCUAAUCCUAGAGGAGAAAUUAUAAUUGGUGGACCCAACGUCUCCAUGGGAUAUUUUAAAAAUGAAGAGAAGACAACAGAAGAGUUUACCACUGAUGAGAAYGGUCAGAGAUGGUUCUGUACAGGAGAUAUUGGGGAAUUCCAUCCAGAUGGGUGUCUGCAGAUCAUAGAUCGUAAGAAAGAUUUGGUAAAGCUGCAAGCAGGAGAAUAUGUAUCUCUGGGCAAAGUAGAGGCAGCACUGAAGAACUGCCCAUUGAUUGACAACAUCUGUGCUUAUGCCAAAAGUGACCAGUCCUAUGUGAUCAGUUUUGUGGUCCCUAACCAGAAGAAGCUGACAGCACUGGCUGAGCAGAAAGGCAUCAGUGGAAGCUGGGUGGACAUCUGUAACAAUCCUACAAUGGAAGCAGAAGUACUGCGAGAGAUUAAAGAAGUGGCAAACAAGAUGAAAUUAGAAAGGUUUGAAAUACCCAUCAAGGUCCGGUUAAGCCCCGAACCGUGGACCCCCGAGACUGGGUUAGUAACAGACGCUUUCAAGCUGAAACGGAAAGAACUGAAAAACCAUUACCUCAACGACAUCGAAAGAAUGUACGGAGGCAAAUAACCAGCUCUGCUGUCCAGGCAGUUGUGCAGAUGGUUCCUUCCCAUGCCUCAGUUUUGGAUGUCUGUGUAUACUGUAGAUAUCACACAUUCAAAAAAUACACCAAAUGGAAGACUGUAGUCUCUAUCAAGUGAAACYGAGAAUAUCUUAGACUCCAAACUCUUAAUUAUUAGCAGAUUGGACAUUGAUGGUCUUCAUAGAGUUUUSUGUGAUCAUCUCCAGUUUUGAGACAGACAUCAUUAUGUGAAGCAGUAUGACCAGGUAAUUUUAUUAUUGUUUCUCUAGCAUAUUCAGACUACUUACAACUUCUCUUUAACUCAUGCUGAAGUCUGACCUGUAUUUCAAAGAGGAAGAAAUAGUGUAAUUAUGAUGAUUCUUCUGUCAUAAUAAGACACUUAGCAAAGGAGGGAAAAGGAGUAUCUAAUGUCUACCYUUGUCCUUUUAAAAACAAAACCAAGACAACAGUAAUAGUCAAGAACUUGCUAGAGCUCACUGAUGAUGCACUGCUUGAGAAUGGAUGGAUUCUUCUGCACAUCAAUAUCUUGAAUAUUUACAGUGCCUACAAAAGAAUAGGAAGUACACUUACUGAAGUAAAGGUGAACUGAAAAGCUUUCUAAGAACAAGUUAUAAGAAAGUUCACUCAAGAGCAUUGAAUUAACUAUUUCCAACUUCCAACUCACCAAAUAGGUUUUUUAUUGCCACUGCAUUUUAAUUCAAGCAGAGCUUUCCACUGAACACACAGCAUAAAAGAAAACAAAGACUUGCAGUGCCCUGGGGUGCUGAUGACAAAUCAGUGCCCAAAUGCAGAACUUGCAUUUGGACUGGGAAGCAGCUGUGAAACGGAUGGGCAGUGGUCUMUAAACAGUCUUGAAACUCAGAGGAGUUUUGGUGGGUUUUUUUUGGAGAGGUGGUUGCUGGUUUUGUUUUUAAGGCACUGAUUCUCUAGACCUUCCCAUACAGGUGAGUGCUGGUACAGGUUACCUGGACGUAACUUAGAGGAUCAGGUUUUAGAUGUUUGCAUUCCUCUGUGGAAGGUAUUUCCGUUCACCUUUUAACUGUGGUAAGCAUGACAAGGCAACCAGAAACCAACAGAAGUUUCCCUGUCUAGUCUUGUUUUACUUACAAAAAAAGUAGUCUGUGGCCAGGGAAUCUUUGUUUCAUGGAAACUUGUAAAAMGGGACAAAUCACUCUUUACAGAAAUUCAUUAUAAACAUGUUCUCAUUAACUGGAAGUCAUAGAUGUGAAGAAGGAGGAAGAUAUAAUUUAAUAAUAGUUCAUCAUUUUGUGUGCCGAAUCCUGUACUGUGUCUUCUUUUGAAUUGUAACUGAGCUCCUGCAUCCCUGCCAGCUCUUCACACUUGAACCAUAAGUGCUGUAAAAAGUGGAGGCUCUUGAUACUGUUCUACUUUGCACUUUCUUAAUCAUUUUAUAUAUGUUGCUUACAUUUUGUACAGCUGUGGCCCUCAACUGCUCUAUAYUGCAAAUUCAUUUGAAAGUAUUUAUAGAUUUCUAUUCAUAAUAUUUGUGUUGUGUAUAUGACGGUUAAAAAGAAAAAAUAUUUGGUAUUGUCACUGUACAGAAAGUAAAAGAUUUUGUACAUUGCUUCUCUUGAACACACAAGCUUGCAAUUUCAGGACAARUUUUUCCUUUUCUGCAUGUAUAUGUAUUUUUUCCAGUUAAAAUAGACUUGGGCAAAAAUAAAUCAUGGCUCUAUACUCUUCAAGUAAACCAUCCCUUCUUCCUGGGGACCAACUCAGACUUCACCAUGCAUAAUUUUCUCUGGCUUGUCCAGAACACUGCCAGCRCACCUUCCAAGAGCCCCGAGGGGAAAGGGAAAAUCUGGUACAUGAAGCUGACAGUAUCAAGUUGUGCAUGGAACAAGAGUCAUUGAAAGGAACAAGGAAAUAGGUUUUCUAAAAAAAAUUUUUAAGACAUGUACAGUUUUGUUUUUUUUUUUGUCAACAGGAAAUACUUCCUGUAUCCAUGRCAACUUUUAAAAUUAUUUGGUCCUGGAGCCAUGUCACCAAUUUUUCCAUGUUUUAAAACUGGUCAUUAUUAAAUAGCCUUUAGUCAUCCUGUUGGUAUGACAAAAGUGAAAUACAUGCAAGAAAGAUACUUACACUCAAGUCUGUCAGCAGGUUGUAAGACUAUUUUCUUUAAGCCAUGAAUGUAUUUAUAUGAAAUGUAUUUUAUCUUCUGUGUCUUGGUUGACUGAGGAUUGCUAUUUUCAAAAUAUAUAUAUACACAUACACAAUGUUAACAUUUCAAAACGUGGAAUACAACUUCAGUGGCUCAACUAGUUUGUGUUUGGAAGAUCUUUGUAUAUUGCACARGUUGUCUCUCGUUACUGUUCUGUGCCUCACAUUCUGUCUGAAAAUGAGUCUACCCUACAAGGACUUCUCAAAAGCAGCAGCAGUGACUCCAUGCUGCAGGUAAUAAAAACCAAGCAUCCUUUGGGCCUGGUUUUCCRUGUAAGGAAUGAACUAAAGGUGGAUAUGCUGCAAAAGACAAUUUGCUACACCAUCAGCUUUCCAACCAUUUUUGGAGAAAAGGAAGGAUUACAUCAGGCUACCUUCAAAUAAGGGGAUUAUUUACAAAUAAUUUGCAGUUGGGCAAGAACUUUAUCCUUCAUUUUAAUGAAUUCUAAAUCCCUUUUGGGACAGAGCUUGUGGAGGGGGAAACAGAAUGAGCAAGAAUGUAAAAAGAAGGAACUAGAAUGCAGAUCAAGGGAUAGUAUAUCACUUCAACAUUAUUAUGUGAUGAUUGCAGGUGUUAGAGAUGCUGUUUAUCUUGUGCCGGGCUGAGAGGACAUACACCAUGGGCCUGAAGGGCRAGGCAGAGGUUCAUGUACUGCUGACAGUUCCAGAAUGCUCAAAGUAGAUGCAAGUUCUUCAGAAAGCAGCUUGAGAAUUUAAGUCUUGAGAAAGAAGUUCAAAGAKAAACAAAACCCAGUUUGGAUAUAUCUGGUGUAAGAUUAUAUAUAUAUUACCUCAAAAGACRUAAUAUCUCCAGAGAAAGCCAGAAUGUAACUGCUACAACAGUGGGACUAGAAAGCUUCAGCUGUGAAGGAAGAUUAGAGUUGUUUAGCUGGCCUGAGGAGGAAUGGCACUGGCCAAGAGCUGAUUAACCUUCAACUCCCUGCAGUUACCCUGCCAAAGGCACAAAGAGCUGCCUCAAGAGACAGGGGAGGACCAGGGUCUAAGUUUGCUCAAAGUGACAUGGAUGAUUUAGUAUUUUAAAAGAAACAGGAUUGUUAAUCAAUUCUUCUGCUAAAUACUGAACUAAUGGCCCAAGAUCUCUGCCACUGAAAGUCUUCAGAGCCUCAGAGGCAAUGACCUUUCAACAAAGCCUUUGAGGAACAGCCUUGGCACAGACCCUUGGGUGGGGCUGGCAGGGAUCGCUCCCUGCACACAACACAACAGGCAGAUGUCAUUAAGUGGCUUGAAAAGGAAAAAAAAGUGUAAACCAGGAGAACAAGGAGUUAUUCCCUUAGGAGCAGGUGAGGUGGUGUUUAACCACCCCAUGCAAUCAGUGCCCUUGACAACAUUCAGAGCAUAACAUGCAGGGUGCUUGCCUGCCGGCUCCCCUAGCAUGAACUGCAAUUCCCCACACACUGGCAGGCUAUAAAAGGAACAGAAUGCCAGUUCAGAAUGUGGGUCACUCAUUUCCAGUAGAAAGAAAAAAAAAAGACCAAAUCUACCACAUCUCAGAACAAUAGCUUCAAAUAACURUGUUGUAUUCUAAUAAUAAAUUAGUGUUGUUCUGCAAUUACAUGCAAAACAGAAAUAAAUUCUUAUGUAUUUUGAUGUGUUGGGGUUUUGUUUGUAUUUUGGCUUUGGUUAUUUUUGUUUGUGGUGGGGCUUUUUUCUUUCUUACUGAGCCUACCCAAUGGGGCUAAGCUCUAUUUACAUGACAGUAAAUCAAUUUUCCUUUUGAAGGUUAAAAUUUACACACUCAAAGCUUAAAAAUAACAAAUCUGGUGCUUUUUUUGCAUAAGAUGGUACAAAGGUGAUCUACAAAAUGCAAUCAGCAAAACUUGCAGUCACGCUUACAUUGAAUUACAAACAAUACACAGAGUAAAGCUCUGUGAACUUACUUAGAUGAAUAAAACACAUUUCCAGUUAACUCAGUGCUGCAAAGUAGGUUAGUGAUUGCUUUUUAAUGUGAUAGUAUUACAUCAGCCAUGGAGGACCAGGACUGACACAUUUGUACUUAGCCUGUCAUUUUUCACAUAAUGUGAGUUCUGAAAAAUGCUACUGGGUGCUGUAACAGGUUAAAUCUUGCUAUACCUUUAYUGGGGAGAGACAUGUUUUAAAGAAAAUCAAACCCAUUCUAGACUGAUGAAGUGUUAUAAUGAAGCUGAUUAUCACAGGUAAUUUAUCUAAAACUGUCUUUGGUUGGAAGUAURUAGCCUUGAUAUUAGACCAGUGCUAAUUAAUUUAGACAAACGGAGCUCUGGGCAGAGUGUCUGACCCUGACAGACCUGCACUUUUAAAGCAAAAAAUAGGUAAAGCAAAAAGAAAAAGCAAAACCAUGCCACAAACCRUUUACUUCCCCCCUUGUUCUCCCAUUCUGAAACACCAAUAACCUGGUUAAUGGUGAACACUACCAGAGGUGCCACACAUGCUGAUCUCUGCAUUUACCCUCACACGUCUCCAAGUAKAGAAGUUCAACCACCACCUCUGUGUUACCUCUGUUAUUUCUUAGCAUGCAGACCCUGAGCAGGAAAUGCCCAUCAUUCAGGACAUGGCCUCCUAUCAUUAAAAUGCUGAAGCAAGGUGGUGUCAUUUAAGUUUUACUUUUUAAAAACACAGGUAAGAAAGACACUUCAGUUUUAAAAAGUUCUGGACUACUUCUGACAGGUCAGUUGAAAUUACAACUUCACAUGUUCCAUCCCUGGGAGGUGUUUCUGGGAUUUUUAAUUGUUUUAAACAACAAACCUAAACUUUUCCAGCUAGAUAUAAAUCAGCCUAUUAUUUAUGGUGCUCCCUCAGGGAGUGAACAUGAAGAAUGGAUCACUGUUCUCUAUAGAUGCCUGUCCUGCUUUACUUGCUGUCUUUCAAGUCAAAGCAAACAGAGUCUCUGCCAAUGAGCCCAUUUCUAUGACGUUUAAUUAGGGUCAUUAAACCAGGACCCCUCUGAAACCAUGUUCAAAACAAAACACCUGUCCCACCUCCCGAAACAGCUUAUGGCAACUACUUCCCAAAGCCUUUAACUACUGUAAAUGCUGGCAAGACUGUGAAUCUCUAACAUGCAACUGCCAAACUCACAUGUAUGAAUAAUGACAAUUGAAAUUAGAGUUACCAGGUAAACAACGUGGGGGCAGGGAUUUUAAAAGACCGUUAAUACGGGCACAGAGUUUUACGAGGGGAAAAAAAUACAUGAAAAUUCACCUGCCUGUUGCAGCCUCAAGGCUCUCUCCAGCACAGCCAAACUGGGAACCACCCAGAACUCACCUGGUUACAAUUACCAAUUGUUUUAGUGACUCCAAUUAAUYCUGACUCUGGAUAUCUGACCACCACAGCUGCUGCUACUCAAGUUCUAAUACCCCACCACUCUUCCUUCCAGACUGCCUUGCUUUUUCUGCUACGAUCCCCUCAACAGCAAUCCUCUGGCAGCCUGUCCAGGGUCUUUGCUAUUGACUGCUCUCGUUUUGUCAGCUGGGUGCUGUUCUCGUGCUGGAGAUUUGGAUUAGAUAUUAAUAAGAAAUCCAUUACUGUGAGGUUGGUGAAGUCCUGGCACAGGUUGGCCAGAGAAGCUGAGCGUUCAAGGUUGAAUGGGGCUUGGAGCAAUCUUGUCUAGUGGAAGGCGGUGGGGCUUGGAAGAAGAUGAGCUUUAAGGUCCCUUCCAACCCAAACCAUUCAGUGAUUCUAUGACAAGAACCAGCUCAUUCCUGCCUUUAUUUUAGCAGACCUGCAUUUCUUAAGCAUGAAAUAUCUCGCCUAUUCGAGGGAGUCUGCCAAGCGGUGUCAGUUCGCACCGCUCCGAGCGGUUCUGUUCCGUUCCGUGUGUU